AAUCUGAAACAGAUAGAAGCGAACAAAAUUCAGAUAUUGAAGAUGAUCAUCUUUCAAAAACAAACCAAAUAUCAGCUUUAAUUAAAAGAUUAGAAACUUUGGAGAAACUCCAACCUAAUUAUAAUAAGGUUAACAAUCGAAAAAAUGAACCCAUCCAGAAUGAUAACAAUAAUGAUAUAUCUAGAAAAAAAAAAGGAAAAAAAAACCUCAAAUCUAAUAAAAGAAGUCGCAAGAUGAAUAAUUCAUCUAGUUCAGAAAUAGAGAGUGCUAGUGACAAAGAAGAUUCUAUUCCAAUGCUGAUUGAAAAACCAAGUGAGACGACAUAUAUCAAUAUUCCAAAAUUUCUCAAAAUUGAUAAGCCUAUAUAUAAUAGUUAUCAGAAUGACAAAAUAAGAAAUAAAGGUCUUCCUACUGAAACACGUGAGUCUUUUGAAGAAUUUGUAGCUGGCCUUGGAACUAGUGUGAAGGUUAACAAAACUCAAAGUCCACCAAAUAAUACAAGGUCAACUAGUAUAACAUUUGCCUCUCGCACUCCAUUAACUACUCUUCAACCAAAUAUCAAUGAAACUAAUGAAAUUCAAGACAUCAGUUCGAAUAGUAUUAUUGGAACGUCAGGAACAUCAAGUAAAAAAUCUCAAAAUUCUGGUUGCAUGUUACGUCCUAAAAGUCCUACUAAAGCCCGAAGUAAUGAUCCUGUUAAUGAAGUUACAGAGGCUGCGACCAUCAAAAAAAGUGCCAAAAAACGAUCUUCGAAAGCACCUAAUAAUGCAAGGACCAAUAGUGCAAAAGUUGAUAAAGAUUUUUACAAUCUACAAAUUAUUCUGCUCGUAGAAAUAAAUAGUUCUACUGCUUUUUAA